GCGCGCUGGGCUUCAGCGGCGGCCCCGUCUACGUCGGCCCCCAGGGGUCGUCGUCGCCGUCUUCGCAGGCCGCACCGGCCGUGGACGCCGGCCUGAGGACGACGCAGACCGUGUACGGCUUCCUCGACUUCACCACGACCAUCGGCAACACCGUGAUGGUGUUCUCGCCGCAGAGCGCGCCCGCGCCCACCACGCCGGGCCCGUCCACGACGACGCCCGCCGCCGUCAUUGAGACGAGGCCGCCCCCCGCGGCCGCGGCCCCGGCGCCCGCCUCCAUCCAGCCCAGCAGGCCGACCGCCACCAAGCAGCCCGCCGUGCUGUCCAGCGUGGUGGAGGUCCGCGGCGGCGACUCCCCUGUCUUCAAGCCGGAGGGGCCCGUGCUCUCCAGCAAGGUGGAGGUGCGCGAGGGCGGCGUGUCCUCGGCGGCCGUCCCCGCCUCGCCCUCCGCCAAGGUGAUCCUGUCCAGCGUGGUGGAGGUCAAGGAGGCCCCCAAGAUCCUGUCCAGCAUCGUCGAGGUCAAGGAGGCCGUGAGCGUGGCGGCCCCCAAGGUGCUGUCCAGCGUGGUGCAGGUGUUCGGCGGUGAAGCCCACACACUGCCGCCUCCCAAGGUGUCCGUGCUGACGUCCUCGCACGACGAGCCCGCCAUCUCCGGGAACAACCUGGUCAUCGGGCCAGAGUACGACUUCCUCUCGCGACAGCCCUCUGAAGUCGUGGACGAAACUUACAAGGUGAUCGACCUGAGACCGAGCGCCAAGCACAAGUCCCCCGCCGGCCCCCGCAGUCGCGUCAACGUGGUCGUGUCCUCGCACGUGGCCGAGGCCCCUAGCGGUCCCUCCGGACCCUCUGGGCCCGCGCCCGCCCCCGCGCACUCCGGCCCACACAAGCCGCACCCCACCGGCCUCGUCACCAAGCUGGGCGGCACCGUCGUGAAGGAGGGUGUCACUACCGUCCACGAGACGUCCGUCAUCGGCACCUUCAUCUCCGGCAAGUACGCCCAGGUCCUGGAGAGCACGUCGCACGUGAUCCCGCCGAAGCAGAAGGCCGCGGCGGCCGCCGGCCCCGGCAUCAAGCCGACGGCUGCGCAGGCGCGCAUCCUCAAGACGGCCGCGCCCACCGCCAAGCAGCUGCGCCACAACCUGGACCCGACGCCGGCGGCCUCGGCGCACGAGGAGACGGCCGUGCUGCCCCUGGAAGCCCUCUUCAGCCAGCCCGCGAGCGGCGCCAGCCACAACCAGGUGCGGCCCGCGCGCCGCUCGGGCGGGCCCUCCGCCAAGAACGAGUUCAAGGCGCGCCUGAGCCAGGGCCGCGCCGGCCGCCUGGGGUCCUCGCGGGAGGUGGACGCUGCCGACGAGGAGCAGGACAUCCAGGAGCAGGAGCACGACGACCAGCAGGGCCCCAGCUACAAGAACAAGCAGCGCCAGCGCGGCUUCAG